AUGGACAACAAGGACAGGGCGGCCACCUUGGUUGUCGGUGCCAUUGCCGGAGCUGUGGCCCUCUCGUUGUACAACAAGACUAAGACUGCUAGGAGCUCGGCCAGGGGCUCUGCUGCCUCGCUCAACAGCACCAGCACGCCCGCUGCUGCAGCCCGAAAGGUGGAUUCGGUGUCCUCGUCGGAUGAUGAAGACGACGAUAUCAGUCGGGGCGUUCUGCUCCGGCCGUACGAGCACGACAAGCGGAUGAGGGCGAGGAUACGACAGGCCGCGGGCGCAUCAAAGGAUGACGGCGAGUCUGGUGGUGGGCAUGGAAAAGAGUACCCUGUCGACGACGACGACGCGCAACGACUGCAGCGCACCUACAGCAUCCGGGAAGAGGUGGUCAGGGAGGCAGCGAUGGAGCGAAACCGCGUGGUAGUUCGGGUGCCAGCCACUAGCGCCAACAUGGGGCCUGGCUUUGACUGCCUCGGUAUGGCGCUCAGCAUCUGGUCGGAAGUGACGAUGGAGCGCAGCGACAAGUUCGAGAUCGUGUUCGAAGGGGCGGGUUUCGAAGAAGUGCCAUUGGACGAGACAAACCUGCUGGUGACGGGGGCAAAGGCGGCCUUCAAGGCCGCCGGAAAGGCGAUGCCCCCGUUAAGGUACAAGUGCGUCAACCGCAUCCCUUACGCACGCGGCAUGGGCAGCUCGUCAGCCGCUAUCCUCGCCGGCCUCAUCGGAGGACUAGUACUCGCGGGGCACAAGCUGCCAAUGUGGGGGGCGGAGGAGCUGCUGCAGCUGGCGUGUGAGAUCGAGGGUCACCCGGACAAUGUGGCACCUGUUAUCUACGGAGGCUGCCAGUUGGGCAUCCACAACCACACGAGAUGGAUCACGGAGCGAGUGCAGCUACCCCCCGGCAUUCAGGUGGUCCUCUUUAUUCCGAACUUCAUCGGCAAGACUUCAGACGCUCGAGCCGUCCUGAAAGAUCAGGUUGAUCGCAAAGACGCCAUUUUUUCGAUCGGGAGGAUCGCUUGGCUCGUGCUGGCGCUGCAGUCGGGGAACGUGAACAACCUGCGUGCCGGGUGUGAGGACAAGAUGCACCAGCCGCAGCGGGCCCGCCAGGAUGCCUACAAGCACGUGAACCCGAUGAUCGAAGCGGCUAUCGCAGCGGGGGCAGACACAGCCUACCUGUCUGGCUCUGGUCCUACCGUGGCCGCGAUCACCUCCGGUGCCGCUGGAGACAUCUUCCUGCAGAGAACCAAGGAGAGGGUAGACAAGCAGGUGGCAGAAGCUAUGCUUCAGGCGGCGGCAAGCGUUAACGUCGGGGGUGAAACUUUCAUCACUACACCGACAGACGGAGGGGCCUACGUCGUCAGCGCGGAGCCCAAGUUUUCGGAAGGUGCCAUCCGUUACCCUGGAGAUGUCUGAGGGCGGCAAGUAGACCGCCCAUCAGCAUAUUUUGGAUCAACGCAACUUGCAAGGAAUUGCUGGUGCUGUGUAGCAUGAACACGGAAGACUUGCGAUAGGCGAUAGAUAUCACGUUGGCUGGCUCGGCGGAGGGUACGUCAGUUACAGCAAGCCAGUGGGACAUGGAUGUGCACGAAAAGCCUGCCUGGCUGUGAGUUAGUAGUGUUUGUUGACGUGUGCGAUUUUUCGUGAGGAGACACGCAUGUGCUCAAUAGUCUUGGGUGCUCAACAUCGCUCAGAUACUGCUGUGAUCGGUCCGUGCACUUUGUUGGAAAGGGUGGCUGAGGAUGCUGCAGAUGAUACUUGGUGGUAGGACUGCAUGUCCUUUGUUCUUCGCGGUUAUUUCAUUCAUCUCGUCUACAGCAGUCUAGGCGGUUACAGAGGAUAGUGUGCUACUGUUGUACGCGAUAGCUGACCAGUACUUGCGUGUUGAGCGUGUGGAGGCUUUCGAAAUAUCCAAGUUCGCGUGUGCACUACGUUGUAGUAUACGCUCUUAAUGUUGUCCUAAGGUUGGAGGAGCCAUGCAGGACACAGGAAUGGCACACAGCGUUCUAACGCUGAUCGAAUCGGCUCUGUUCACGAAGCUUGUUUAGGCGAAGUGCCUGGAUUGAUUAGAAGCGGAGUGUGUGUCGGGCAAAGUCACAACUACACUGCUCUGUAUGGCGAACUCGCCCCGUAUUUUGAGGUCAUGUGCAAGAUCGCUCCACUUCCAGUGGGAGACGUGUCUGUGUCAUCGUGCAAGCGGGUGGGGGGCUCGUUGGGGCACCGUGUUACACAGUAACGUGUUUGCUUGUUCACGUUCGCGUUGUUGGAGAGUCAGCAAAUUCUAUCAAGUGAGGAAGUUGCGUAUCGUGAGCGACUAUUUACUUGGGCGUUUGACUGUUUUUGUACAUUCCGUCCCAAUGUAGAAGUCGAUCUUGGAGGUAAGGAGGUAAGUGCGUGUAUGUGUGUUGUCCUGCUUGCUGCUGCUGCUGCUGCUGUUGUCGUCGUUUUGCUACGGUUAGCCGUUUUUUGCGUGCGACGUCUGUUGUUGUGUUUGGCUUCAUGGUCUUGAAU